AUGUUUAAGUCUACGUACAUUGUAGCUCUCGCUGUGCUUGCUGUUUCAAACUACGGCACCCUUGCUAGCCCGAUUGUUCAACCAAGCGUUAUCCAUCAUCAUCAUCAUCACCACCACCAUAACACUAGUAGAGCCGUGCGCCCGACACCUACGGUACAGGCAACUACAACCCAUGAAGCGGCUUUGGCAGAAGCCACGCAGAAAAAUCUCAAAAGAGACGCUGGGAAUGUUCCAGGAGGGAACACUGAAUUAACUGCUUCAAAGGACUACAGUAAGACAAUUAUGCCGCCAGCUAAGACAGCUAAAAAAUCCACAAAUGAUAUCCAAAAUACAGCGCGUUUGUUUUCACAUGGAGCAAUGCAAGCCGGAGCCAAUUUCCGAGAUGGAGCUAUCGCAACUGGAAGUCAAAUCCUAGGUGCGGGUGCCAACAUGUUCAGUGGAGGCGCUAAUGAGGGGGCCUUGAAUGUUUAA